AUGUCGUCGCCAUCACCCUCUGUUGAGAUACCUCAAUUUAAGGCUACAUUCAUUUCCAAGGAAGUCAAGUCUACAAAAGUCAAGGAACUUGUAUUUCAAAUCUCUGAGCCCAACUACCUCGAAUUUCUGACUAUCAUCCUCGCAAAACAUGACAAGUCACAAUACAGGGUUACUGAGAGGAAAAAGUAUGGUUUCAAGUACCUUGUUGGCAAUUCUCGUGGCCGCAUCGAAGCCAUGGAUGUUGACAACAAAGAAGAUUAUGCGGAGAUGGCAAAGAAGCUCAUCUCUGAAGAGCCUCAAAAGGUGAAAGUCUUUGUUGACAUGAAAAAUGUUGAGAAACUCCCUGUCUCUACUGCUCAAAAUGAGACUGCAGGUGAUAUGGCAAGCCAAGAUAGCAGAGCAUCAGAUGAUGAGAUUGUAGCUGUAGACUGUACUACUGAACUUGAUCGUGAAAUUGCUCGUUAUCGCAGGCUUAUCAUCAAGAAAUGGGGUAACAGUUAUGAUAACUCUGUCACAUAUGUCCACCAAAGUGGGAUGGAGAUCCCAUACCUCACUCGUGAGACAACUACCCCUUUGACACCACACCCAGCUCGAGCUCCAACCUCACUCCCUGUACCUGGAAUCAUAUCACCUCCUGCACUGACACCUUCGAUGCUCACUCGUUUUUUGAAACAUGCUGAGGACCACCUUGGUGUUGUAUUUGCUACAACAUACAAAUCUUCGCUAUGUGGUAUUGGUGCAGGGCCAGAUAUACUUGCAGAAAUGGCUGACCAGGAUCUCGUUCGAGUUGGUCUCAGUGCAGGUGAUAUUAUUCGGCUGAAAAAAGGCAGUAUUACGUGGUGGAAUGGCCCUCUUGCAAAGAAUACAGCAAAACGGCAACGCAGUGAUACCUCUGAAUCAAAUGUUCCUGAAUUGAAGAAAUUCCAGUAUGAGAGGAGAUACCAUGAUGGGGGACGAGCAUACAUCAGUGGAAGUUGUAUGAAACGUGAUGAACGUGCACCUGACAAGCAACCAGAACUUGACUAUGGUCUUUAUUACUUCUGCGAAAACAGGCAGAGUUGGGUUAUCUUCCCUCCAGGGUACACUUCUGAGUCUGAGGGUGAGCGCGAAGAUGCAGAAGAUCCUUUUAUUUAG